GCUCGUGGGCGCUAGGCGGCGCUCCCUCCACUUCCUUUCGUUCCGUUGGGUCCUCGGUCGGCUCUGCCGGAGGGAGGGAGCGCGUGCGGGCCCGCCCGCGAAGGAACGAGACCAGACUGCCGCGUAGCGGCUGCAAGAGAGCCCGAACGCGCUCCGGGAAGGAAGGCUUUGCCGCUGCUCUCCGGCGGCCGUCCCAGCCGGCUGAGCCCUCGCACCGAGGGAGGGAGGGACUGACUGGGAGCGCGCAGCUGCAGGCGCCCACUUGCCCGCCCGCUUUCCUGGCGCGGCUCUGCCGACGUCUCCGGGCCCGAGGUGGAGGGGGGCGCCCUGUCAGGAUAAGAGUCCCGGCGAAGAGCGCUUGCCGAAAUAUCUGGCACGGCCCGGAUCCGCCGCAACUAGCCGGAGGAGGAGAGAAAGCCGCCGGGUCCCGCCGCUUGCUGACCGCGGCGGGGGGGGGGCAGGAGAGCAGCAGCAGCCAGCCCGGACUCCUGGGUUCUCUGAUCGAUUCAGCUCGCUUCCCUCCUCCUCUCCCCGCGGACUGCCUCUGUGGCUGCCACGUGCGAUGCUCUGCCUCAGUUUCCCUUCGGGGAAGCAGGCCUGGGGUUCCGUAUUUUUCUAACUGUGCGCGCCUCGUUCGCUUUCGCCCGCCCCAUGUAUGACCACAUAGCCCGCCCAGAGGCGCCCAGGUGUUAAGAGGUGGGCCGGGAGCCUCUGCUGCUGCGUGCGUCGCUUCUUGUCCUCAGUCGAUGCCUAUGCCACCUCGUAGUCACAGGGCCGCCUCUUGACACCGGGCUGCUCCCCAGAUCAUGUUUGCUUGUUAUACAAGAAAUAAAUGGCAGAAAAAGCAAAGCGGCCACGCAGGCACAAACAAGAGAGGGGUCCUCGCAACACGUGCUGGUUUAGUGCGCUUCCUGGAGCUGGCUUCGUAUAGGCGCCUGCAACCGUGAGGACGCGCACCAGCCCUCGCUCUGCGGAAAGCCCAGCGCCCUCAGUACGUGCCGACACGUGUCCGUGAGGUGGUGCCGUCGAACACGCAACUCUCGCUCGUGACCGGCGUCUGUGCUCAGAGGCAUUUUCGGACACUGCGUUCCCAACCAACCUCCAGUGGGAAAAACGCUCCAGCCGAGCUCGCUUUCCCUGCGCACUGAAGACAGCGGGACUCGCUCGCCUUCGCCUUGGGGGUGGGGUGGGAUUGUCCUCGACUGCGUCCUGCCAGGCCGGUGGAGGGCGAAGGCGGCCCUCGUCAGUGGCCCCUCCAGCCGGUCUUGGGCUACGGCGGCCCCCAAACCAGGCGGCGCUUGGUAACGGCCGAGGGCGCGACUUCAAGUCCAUCGAGCUGCCGGUGACUCCCGGGUAGUGGGUGCUCCUCCAAGCAGGAGCACGUGGCGGCGCCCCAGCCGGGUUGCUCGGCGCGGCCUGGAGGCGCGGAGUGCGGCGUCAACAAGCCAUUCUCGCCUGCCUGCCAGCCAGGUGCUGGUCCCCGACAAGCCGCUGGGAGGCCGCGCCGAAGCGGAACCAGGAGGCGGCGGCGGCUCUUAUUUUGACACGGCGGCGGCGCCUGCCUCCCUGCCUGCCUGGAGUAGCUCCUCGUCUGGAGCGGAGCGAGCGCUUCUCUUCCCCCAAAUGAGCAGUUGGAGGCGGGCAGAGGCAGGCGGACGCGGCGGCGGGCGCUGCCCGUUGGCACCGGCGGCGGCUUCUGUGCAGGGCGAGGCCGGGCCGGGCGCAGCGGCAGCGCGAAGAGGCGACGCGAGAGCCUCCUCCGCGGCGCGGCCCGGCAAGUGAAAGCGAAAGAGGCAGCCCGGAGAAGGAAAGGACCGGCCGCCGCCGCGCGUCCCGCUUUCGCCCGCGCCUCGCCGGAGACACCAGCGCGGCAGCAGCAGCAGCCCCUGCCGCCGCCCUCCUCCUGCUGCUGCGGCCAUGGGCGAGCCCCGCGGCGGCCUCUCCUGAGCAGGUGUUUUGCCCAACAGGAAGAAACCGCAGGGACGUGGAGCUUCCUCCAGUGUCGCUGCCAGAAGCCUUAGCCAAUCAAAUGCACCCUGACAAUAAACUGACCAAUCAUGGAAAGACAGGUAACAGCAGCGCCCAGCCCCAGCACCAUAAUGUGAGCCAAAGCCCCACCUGCAGCCUGGGCACAAAGGGCGUGGGGGCAGGGAAUCAUGGCAGCAAAGCCAGUCAGCCCACCCCUGCCAACUCUGGACUGAAAACCAGCCAGGCUCCCAUCCCCGUCUUUGGGGCCUUGAAGGGCAAAGUGAAACGAGAGCGGAGUGUCUCCGUGGACUCGGGAGAGCGGCAGGAAGCCAGCGCUACCUCACUGGACAAGGAGCUGAAAGGCGAAGUGGCCCCCCGGAGCAAGCGGCGCUGUGUGCUGCAGAGGAAACAGCCCUACAGUGGUGACGAGUGGUGCUCUGGACCAGACAGCGAGGAGGAUGAGAAGCCUCUCAGCAGCACCCACAUUUGUAAUGUAGCGGAGUCGGCAAUGACUGCAGCCUCGCAGCUGGGCCCAGGACUCAACCCGCUGCCGGCUCUGAGUGAGAGCAAUGCAUCCGGCACCCCCCACGGAGCAGCCCCCGGCCCGAGGUCAGAUGCCGGGAACAGUGGCGGAAAGCAGCCAUUGCAGUUUGUUUAUGUCUUCACCACGCACCUCGCUAACACGGCUGCCGAGGCUGUCCUCCAAGGCCGAGCCGACUCCAUCCUGGGCUACCAUCAGCAGCACGUGCCCCGGGCCAAGCUGGACCAGCAGGCCCCCGUCCCAAAGAUACCAGCGACUCCUGACCCUCUGCCAAUCAACCCAUCUCCUGCCAGCACCCCACAGUCUCAGCCCUCCGUGCCGCCGAGCAGCCAAGCCCAGGGUCUGCCUCCGCCUUCUGGGCCACCUCCGCAGCCGCCACCACCACCACCGCUGGGUCUUGGCCAAGGAUCACUGCCGUCAGCUAGUGCCCUCCCCCAGGAGGGGGCUUCUGAGGACCCCCGCCGGGACCUGACACCAAACUCUGUGGGGAACGGCAGCAGCAGCAGCACGGCACCCAGUGGCACCCACCCCAACACACCCACCGCCCCCACCCCCUUGCCUGCCAACACAGCGGAGGGAUUGCUGGGGGAAGGGUCAAGCUCAGGGGGGCCUCCCUCUGCAGGGAACGGGUCCCGCAGUGCCCUCAACACGGAGGGCCUCUCCAAGGAGCAGCUGGAACAUCGGGAGCGGUCGCUGCAGACGCUGCGGGACAUUGAGCGCCUGCUCUUGCGCAGCAGCGAGGCUGAACCCUUCCUGAAGGGCGGGCCAGGGACUGGCGAGGGGGGAGUUCUGCCUCCACAGGCCCCUCCCCCACAGCCUCCACAGGCUCCUCCUCCCGGAGCCGGCUUAAAGAAAUACGAGGAGCCCUUGCAAUCCAUGAUAUCGCAGACUCAGAGCCUGGGAGGGCCUGGCCUGGACCAGGAGGGCCCAGUGCCCCCUGGGGUAGACAUGGGCCAGCAGAUGAACAUGAUGAUGCAACGGCUGGGCCAAGAUAGCCUGACGCCCGAGCAGGUGGCCUGGCGGAAGCUGCAGGAGGAGUAUUACGAGGAGAAGCGGCGCAAGGAGGAGCAGGUCGGCAUGCACGGGGGGCGGCCCCUGCAGGACAUGAUGCUGCCCCAGCCCAUGGGCACCGUGAUGCUGCGCGGGCCUCCACCCCCCUACCACAGCAAGCCUGGUGAGCAGUGGCUGCUCCGGGGAGUGCCCAUAGACAUGCCGGAGCAGAUGCAGUUGCGCCCAUCCUUUGCGGGGCCGCGUUUCCCUGGCAACCAGAUACAGAGGGGCUUUGGGGGGAUGUCGAGCCUGCCUCUCGAGUCACUGGGCCCCAUGAGCACUGUGCAGCGGCCAGUGAGGCCCGGCAUGACCUGGAAUGAGGACAUGCCCAUGGGGGGCCCUGGCAACUUUGCCCCUGGCAACCUGCCGUAUCCACCAGGACAGGGUGACGCAGAGCGCUUCCUGACGCCACGUGCACGCGAAGAGAUGCUGCGGCACCAGCUGCUGGAGAAGCGUCAGGGGCCAAUGCAGCGGCCCCUGAGCAUGGACAUGGAGCGCAUGAUGCAGGCGCACCGGCAGGUGGAGCCAGCCAUGUUUGCGGGGGAGGGGCUGGGCAUGGAGUUUGGAAGCUCACGGGCCAUGCUGAGCCCACCACUUCGGGACAUGGAACCAACCUUGGGCCCAGGCAAUCUUAACAUGAACAUGAACGUCAACAUGAACAUGAACAUGAACUUAAAUGUACAGAUGACGCCUCAGCAGCAGCAGAUGUUGAUGUCACAGAAGAUGCGUGGCCCAGAGCUGAUGCCCUCAGAGGAAAUGGCCCGGUUGCGUGCCCCCAACGGCACUGGAGCCAUGAUGGGUGGACCCCCGAAAAUGAUGAUGGGCUCCCCGUUCUCCAACCAGGGGCAGCAGCAGCAAGGCAGUUUCUCAGCGGUGCCAGGCCCAUACCCUGUUGUGCCUCAGGAGAUGGGCAGCACAACAGAAAUGUUUGGCACAGAGCAGGGGGGCAUGGGCAGCACCACACGGCUCAGCCACAUUCCUCUGCCCCCUGUCACCACCAGUGCCCCAUCCACAAACAUGCACCAAGCGCCUGUCAGGGGUCUGGGCCGCCGCCCUUCCGAUCUGGCCCUCAAUAUGGGGCAGAUGAACUCCCCCACCGUGGGCCGCCUCAAGUCUCCAACCCUCAGCCAAGUUCAUUCUCCGCUGGGCACCUCACCUUCUGCCAACCUCAAGUCCCCACAGACGCCCUCUGCCAUGGUCAGCCUGCCUCCCGGCAGUGCCACCAGCGCCCCCCUCAAAUCUCCCCAGGUCCUGAGCUCCGUGCUCAAUGUCCGUUCCCCAACCAGUUCUCCAAGCCAUCUCAAAUCCCCAUCCAUGGCUGUGCCGUCUCCAGGAUGGGCACCAUCGCCCAAAAAUUCCCUUUCCAGCCCCGGCAUUGGCCAGAGCAAGCCGGCCAUUGGAAUGAGCAACUCUGCACCCUUAGGCAACGUUGAGCAAGGUUCGAUGCCACCCGGGCCUAGGAACAGUUCCUCUGCCCCACCUGGCAACCCCUCUGGCGGGCCCCUGAACCCCAACCUGCCUUUUCCUUCCUCUCCAGAUCCACCCCCGUCCCAGAACCCCUUGUCACUCAUGAUGUCCCAGAUGUCCAAGUAUGCCAUGCCCAGUUCCACCCCGCUCUACCACAACGCCAUCAAGACCAUUGCCACCUCAGACGACGAGCUCCUCCCUGACCGGCCUCUGCUCCCGCCUGGCGCCAUGUCCGGCAUGGGCGGGAACCAGCCCAACCAGAUGCACAUGAACUCUGUGGGGCCAGCCCCUGCUCAGAGCCCCAUGGGGAUGAACCUCUCUGGGCAACAGCCACUCUCACAUGAGCCCUCAAUGUCCUCGCCAAGCCCCCUGGGCGCCAACAUUCCCAUGCACAGUGGUGCGCCCCCCCCGAACCCGAUGAUGCUACCCCCCGCCUCCCAGGACUCUCUGAGCCAGUCCUGCGGCCCUUCUGGCCAGCUUGUCUUCCCACCACGCCUCCAGCAGCCCCCUGCCAAUGGGGGCAACAUGCCCAUGGCGCCUGGAGGGGCUGGUGUUCCCGGGGUGCAGCAACACUAUCCCCCGGGCUUGGGGCUGCCCCCAGAGGAGCUGGCACCGCCGCCACCGCAGCCAAGCCACAUGCCCCCCCAGCAGCAGCAGCGCAUGGCCGGGAGACUGCCGGAUCCAUACCCGUCGGUGCUUCCUGGUGUGGCUUCAGUGCUCAAUGACCCAGAGCUGAGCGACGUCAUCCGCCCCACGCCCACCGGCAUCCCCGAGUUCGACCUCUCACGCAUCAUCCCAUCUGAGAAGCCUAGCAGCACGCUGCAGUAUUUCCCCAAGGGCGAGGGGCCCGGGGCUAAGGCACAGCCCCCCUCCAACCUGCACCUCAUGAACUUGCAGAACAUGAUGGCGGAGCAGGCUCCGGCCCGGCCCGGCCCACCGGGCAUGCAGCGCAGCAUGGCCAUGUGCCACCCUGGACAGGUGCCCCCUGUGCUGGGCAGGACAGGCCUGGCACCCCAGCAAACCAUGAUGGGCAACAGCAUGCACCAAGGCAUGAUGCUCCCUCAGCAGCAGAACCUCCUGGCCCAGCAGAACUUCCUGCUCAUGCAAGCCAAGCAGCGCAGCAUGUCCGUGUCGGGAGAGAUGUACACACAGCCUGGCCACAUGAUCUCCCCACAAGGCUCGCUCAUGGGCCCCCCGCCCCAGCAGAACCUCAUGGUCUCGCAUCCCAUGCGGCAGCGCAGUGUCUCCCUGGACAGUCAGAUGACCUACGGCCCGGGAGCUGGCAGCAUGGCCAACCUGCCCUUCUGAGGCUGUGGCUGCCCUGCCUGCUGCUGGGACACGGAGGGGGGUGUCCUGCUGGUGCAGCAGUGAUGCCUGCCUCUGCCCUGGCACAGAGUUUGGUUUGAAUCUUUCCUCUGAGUGUGAAUUCUUUUCUUUUUUUCUUUUUUAAGUAACCAAAAUGUGCAAGAGGGUUUGGAACAGCUGUAAAUAGGUUGGGGGGGGGGGAAGCAACAGCAAAGAUUUGCUGGCUUGGAAUUGUUUAUAUUUCUGUGUUUUAAUAGAAGCCUCAAAACCUGUUUUUGGAAGGAACAAAUGAAAAUAUAACCCACUGACAAAGUUCAGCUCAUGGAGUGGAAAUCCCAGCCUGGAGGACCCAGCUGGCCUCCUCGUGCUCCUGGCUCCAGAUGCAGUUGCACGCCCUGAUUCUCUCUGCUAGGUGCCAGCUCGCCAUGUGAUGUGAUGGCCCCCUGGGUAAUCUGACAGAAUGCCCUUCUCCCCUCUGGGGCCAGCUGUUCAGUGAGGGAUGAGUGUCAUUUUGGUGUGUGGCUUUGGACCAGUCAAGCAGCACUGCUGGCCCAGCUGCUUUACUCUAGAAGGGUCACUGGAACAAAAUCACAAACACCCCCAGAAUUCCAUGCAAGAGAUUGGUUCCCAAAGCAGGUUGGGAAUAGACUGGCUGGCUGUGUCCCUCUUCUCCCACCCAUGCAACCCUAGGAUUUGGAAAUGAGUGGUCCUUUUCUGUACACACACACACACUGCCAGGAUGGGAAAUGUGGCAUAGAUGUUGGCUGCCUCUCGUAAGCAGCAGACACUCACUCACAAUUCUCCUACAGUUUUCCCCCACACACCUCCCUCCUUGCAUCUGCAAGAUGCAAAAACGGAAGUGCCAACAUCUUCAUCUUGUUUUUACUUGUUGCAGUUGCCACCUCCACCCCUGAGCAUCUCUACCUGUCCUCAACCUCUACACACACACACGAGAGUAAAGGUGGAUCAGUAUACAUGGAGGAUAAUCUGUAGCAAUUGUGAUUCAGUCCAAAUUCAAGGAAGUUUGCUUUGACUUCCCUGACACGAUUUGGUUCAAAUUAUAGAAACAAACCAGAUGAGUAAACGGAGACUAAAGUUGACAUUGCCAGAAUUCUGAAUCCACACAUUUGAAAAAUUCCAUCUGUACUUUUGGAUUGCUCUGGACUGAAAUAUUUGCAUACAGAAAAAGUUAACAGCUUAUCUCUAAAAGCAAGGAAAUUGCAGAUCUCUGAAUAUGACACGGUUCUAGGCAUCUAGAAUAAGGUGUGUGCUUGCCCCAGAGAUAAGGAUCCCCCAUCUCCCACCCCAGCCCCCAUGCUCUUGCACGUCUUGUUCCAGUGCUGCAAGCCUCCAUCUGUGACAUUUCUUCUGCAUUUUGGCUCUUUGCUUGAGAAAGGCCUUGCUGCUGCCCGCCCAGAAUUCGUGGCAAAUGCCAUCAGCGGCAGGAUGAGCACCAAGAUGGCAUCAGAGGCUGUAGGGUUGUCAUGGCUGUGAAGUGAAACAUUGCCAAGCCCUACGGAUGUGUCACAUAACAAAGCCAUAAAUACCCAUCCCACUUUAAAUUUCAGUUGGCCCUUUGUGUGCUUCCUCCCCCCCCCCAUGAGGUACUUCUUCAUCCCCACCCCCGGAAGUGAAGAUAAUGUGGGAGGCAUUCAAGGUGCUUUGCUAAGGGGGUGUGCGGGGAGUCAGUUGUCCUGAGCAUCAAGGAGAGAGAUUACUGGCUUGCAUCGUUGGCCUUAGGGCUGUUGCUCCGGCCUGGGCCUGCAGCCCUGUUCCUCUGGCAGCCACACCUGGCAAAUGUGCCACCUUUUUCUGAUCUGUGUCUUGUUCAUAAGCAAUAUGGUGGUCCUGGGCGCCUUGCCAGGCAGUCAUUUGCACAGCUCUCCCCCUCGCCUUGCGCUGUGAACGUCGUCCCGUCUUGUGUCUUGUGCUUUCUUGCUCAGCUUCCUAGCUUGAGCAGUGUCUGAAGUCUGCCCAAUUCUCCUCUCUCUCUCUAGCCACAACCUGUCCAUUUCCUGCUCCACACCCCAGUGAAGCAAUUUCAAGCAAUCCAGAAUGCCCGCAACUGAUGUGUUUGCGCCCAGGUGGUGGGGACUGGCCCACUCUGUCAGCCCACAGGGAGAGGGAACUUCCCUCUGCCACCCAUGCAUUUUGUACCAUUCUAUAAAUAUAUAAAUAUAAAUAUAAAUAUAUAAAUACAAUAUGUGAAGACAUCUUAUUGGUUUUUAUUUUGAAAUGAUUUCUAGGCUUGUUUUUGGGUAUCUGUGCUGCCUGUAACGUAUUGAUUGACCUGUUUUAUAGGUGCCUUUUUAUUAAAAAGACAUUUCAAAAC